AUGCCCUCGCUCACCUGCCGCAAGAGCAGAUCCAGCUGCUCAAAGGUCACAGGGCACACGUCCACUACGAAGGGCACGCGCUGCCCCACAGACCACUCUGAGCAGGACGACCACGCAAAGCUCUACAGACACAAGACCAGCAGAAAACAGACAGGGUGUUGCCCCAUCCCCCAUCCGAGUGUUGCCCCAUCCAAGUGUUGCCCCAUCCCCCAUCCAAGUGUUGCCCCAUCCAAGUGUUGCCCCAUCCAAGUGUUGCCCCAUCCCCCAUCCGAGUGUGGCCCCAUCCCCCAUCCGAGUGUUGCCCCAUCCCCCAUCCGAGUGUUGCCCCAUCCCCCAUCCGAGUGUGGCCCCAUCCCCCAUCCGAGUGUGGCCCCAUCCCCCAUCCAAGUGUGGCCCCAUCCCCCAUCCAAGUGUGGCCCCAUCCCCCAUCCAAGUGUGGCCCCAUCCCCCAUCCAAGUGUUGCCCCAUCCCCCAUCCAAGUGUUGCCCCAUCCCCCAUCCAAGUGUUGCCCCAUCCCCCAUCCAAGUGUUGCCCCAUCCCCCAUCCAAGUGUGGCCCCAUCCCCCAUCCAAGUGUUGCCCCAUCCCCCAUCCAAGUGUUGUCCCAUCCCCCAUCCAAGUGUUGCCCCAUCCCCCAUCCAAGUGUGGCCCCAUCCCCCAUCCAAGUGUUGCCCCAUCCCCCAUCCAAGUGUUGCCCCAUCCCCCAUCCAAGUGUUGCCCCAUCCCCCAUCCAAGUGUGGCCCCAUCCCCCAUCCAAGUGUUGCCCCAUCCCCCAUCCAAGUGUUGCCCCAUCCCCCAUCCAAGUGUUGCCCCAUCCCCCAUCCAAGUGUUGCCCCAUCCCCCAUCCAAGUGUGGCCCCAUCCCCCAUCCAAGUGUGGCCCCAUCCCCCAUCCAAGUGUUGUCCCAUCCAAGUGUUGCCCCAUCCAAGUGUUGCCCAUCCCCCAUCCAAGUGUUGCCCCAUCCCCCAUCCAAGUGUUGCCCCAUCCCCCAUCCAAGUGUUGCCCCAUCCCCCAUCCAAGUGUUGCCCCAUCCAAGUGGUUGCCCCAUCCAAGUGUUGCCCCAUCCAAGUGUUGCCCCAUCCAAGUGUUGCCCCAUCCAAGUGUUGCCCCAUCCAAGUGUUGCCCCAUCCAAGUGUUGCCCCAUCCAAGUGUUGCCCCAUCCAAGUGUUGCCCCAUCCAAGUGUUGCCCCAUCCAAGUGUUGCCCCAUCCCCCAUCCAAGUGUUGCCCCAUCCCCCAUCCAAGUGUUGCCCCAUCCCCCAUCCAAGUGUUGCCCCAUCCAAGUGUUGCCCCAUCCCCCAUCCAAGUGUUGCCCCAUCCAAGUGUUGCCCCAUCCCCCAUCCAAGUGUUGCCCCAUCCCCCAUCCAAGUGUUGCCCCAUCCAAGUGUUGCCCCAUCCCCCAUCCAAGUGUUGCCCCAUCCAAGUGUUGCCCCAUCCCCCAUCCAAGUUGUCCAUCCCAGCUUAACAGCAAAGGGUCUCUCUCGUUGUCUUGUUGUUUAUAUGGUGUGUGUGUUUCUUUUCUCUUCAGUCUGCUGCUGGACAAGCGUCUGAGAGCGGACUGUAAGAACCAGGGAGCUAACAUCCCCUGGCCCGCGUCCAACCGCUACGAGACCCUGUUGAAACAACGCCAUGUUCAGCUGCUGGGCCGUUCCAUAGACCUGAACCGUCUGAUCACCCAGAGAGUGUCUGCUGCUCUCUACAAGUCUCUGGAGCUGGCCAUCAACCGCUUCGAGAGCGAGGACCUCACAUCCAUCGUGGAACUAGAAGGUCUGAUGAACAUCAACCGUAUGACCCACAAGCUGCUGUCUAAGUUCCUGACGCUGGACAGUAUGGACGCCAUGUUCCGGGAGGCCAAUCACAAUGUCUCCGCCCCCUACGGACGCAUCACACUCCACGUCUUCUGGGAACUCAACUACGAUUUCCUCCCCAACUACUGCUACAACGGAUCUACUAACAGGUUUGUCCGUACUGUCCUGCCGUUCUCGCAGGAGUUCCAGAGGGACAAGCCACCCAACGCCCAGCCCCAGUACCUGUACGGGUCAAAGGCUCUGAACCUGGCCUACAGCAGUAUCUUUGGUUUCUACAGACACUUUGUUGGUCCUCCUCACAUCAAGGCCAUGUGUCGUCUGCUGGGGUACCAGGGCAUCGCUGUGGUCAUGGAGGAGCUGCUGAAAGUGGUCAAGAGCCUGCUCCAGGGCACCAUCAUGCAGUAUGUGAAGACUCUGAUGGAGGUGAUGCCCAAGAUCUGCCGUCUCCCACGCCACGAGUACGGCUCCCCGGGUAUCCUGGAGUUCUUCCACCACCAGCUGAAGGACAUAGUGGAGUACGCCGAGCUGAAGACCGUCUGCUUCCAGAACCUCAGGGAGGUGGGCAAUGCUCUGCUCUUCUGUCUGCUCAGCGAACAGAGCCUGUCUCAGGAGGAAGUGUGUGACCUGCUUCAUGCUGCACCAUUCCAGAACAUUCUGCCCAGGGUCCAUGUCAAAGAGGGUGAGCGUCUUGAUGCCAAGAUGAAACGCCUGGAGGCUAAAUACACAGCCCUGCACCUGGUUCCCCUGAUAGAACGCCUAGGAACCCCACAGCAAAUAGCCAUAGCUCGUGAAGGUGACCUGCUGACCAAAGAGCGUCUGUGCUGUGGCCUGUCCAUGUUCGAGGUCAUCCUGACUCGCGUCCGCGGUUUCCUGGACGACCCCAUCUGGCGCGGCCCGUUGCCCAGCAACGGCGUGAUGCACGUGGACGAGUGUGUGGAGUUCCACCGGCUGUGGAGCGCCAUGCAGUUUGUUUACUGUAUCCCUGUCGGAGCUCACGAGUUCACCGUGGAGCAGUGUUUCGGGGACGGUCUCCACUGGGCUGGGUGUAUGAUCAUCUCCCUACUGGGUCAACAGAGACGCUUUGACAUCCUGGACUUCAGCUAUCACCUGCUGAAGGUGCAGAAACACGAUGGAAAGGAUGAGAUCAUCAAGAGUGUGCCUCUUAAAAAGAUGGUGGACAGAAUCCGCAAGUUCCAGGUCCUCAACGACGAGAUCUUUGCCAUCCUGAACAAGUACCUGAAGUCAGGUGAUGGAGAGAACAUGCCAGUGGAGCAUGUUCGCUGCUUCCAGCCUCCUAUCCACCAAUCCCUGGCCAGCAACUGAGAUUGACCGGUGCACUGUCCAAUAACAUGGACGUUUCCUAUAGUACCAUCAUCCUAUGUCAGACUAGACACAAAUGAUGUGUCCGAAAUGGCACCCUAUGCCCUAUAUAGGACACUACUUUAUAUAAACGGCACUACAUAGGGAAUAGGGUGCCAUUUGGAACGUAACCCAUCAGACUAGACACACAAUAUUCCUUCGUCUGCUUCUUCCACCUUUAGGUUUUAAAGCAGCAGUGGACCAUGAGACUAAAGCCUUGUUCACACUUAAUGCCUUACUGCUCAAAUCAGAUGUGUGUUCAGACAACAGUCAUUUGCUGACAUGGCUACGCUAGUUGUCAUAGUAACAACAGGUGUGUGCUGAUUGGUGGUGAGUUUGACACCCGUGCCUCAAAGGAUAAGAUGAUCCAACUUCCAAAACGAGUCCUCUCUUGCUAGCCACAGCAGUCAACGAGCUAGCCGUUUGGCUUUCUAGCUCUUUCACUCAUUUGUUUCUAAAUAACAAGCUAGUUAGCUACCACAUGUUCUUGUCAAACUGGCAGAGUAGCAAGCAAUAAGAUAUGUUGGGGAAAUAAAUCAGAUUUGACUGUUCAGGCAAGUCCCCUACAAAUGUGGCUUGAAAUAUCUGCUUCUGUGUGCUUUUUGUCUGUUCAGACGGCAGGAAACAGAUUGGAUCACUUCAAACUGCCAGUGGGAACAAGGCUUGAGGUCUAACUUUCCUGACAUACUGUUUGUACACAAUUGUGCCUUAUGAUCUUAAUAGCCGUUUUCAUUCUAAACUCUUCUGUGUUUUAUGGAGCAUUGAAAACUAGAUCAAAUGAUUAUUUAAGGGGUUUGCGGUGGUGGGAUGUAAUUGGUAGCCUGUAGUCAAUGAGAAGUAGGAUGAUUCGUAUGGAUUGUUAAACAUUAGCAGCUUAAAGGAAAUCUGCAAAGUAACCAAGUUCUGCCUUAUACCCAUUUUAUUCACUGUGCCUUUUUGAAUCAUUUUUAAUUCAAUAAAUAUAUAACAAAUCUC